UCAAGAAAACAAAGCCCUUCUUCAAAACCUGAUUGCAGGGCAGCGGUAAUGCAAGGCUGGUGUGUGUGUGUCGUGUGCCAGUGUGUACACAUCCCGUUUAGCACUGGUUUGCUGGGUAAGCGGGUUAUUUGUUAUAAGAGGGGAUGAAAAGGCGAUAUAGUCGGUUAUUGGGAGCUGCGGUCGGUCCUCCGCUUGCCUCGAAGUAAAGAUGGACGGAGAGAACAUUACAGACAGAGAGAGAUGCUUAGUGACAUAAAAGGCGCUUUAGUUUUGUUAGACCUUUUUUUUUUUUUCUAACGGUAUUUUGUGCAUUUUUAAACGAACUGUGCAUGCACUACAAGUAAUUAGGUUCAUAAAUAUCUACUCCGCAGUUCUGUGUGUGUCUCUAUUAUUAUUAUUAUUAUUAUUAUUUAGAUGUACUGUGUUAUUUUUGUAAUGCAAAUUAGUCUUUUUAAGAACGUUGUUUACCUUGGAACCCCUUCUCUCUCUCUCUCUCUCUCUCUCUCUCUCUCUCUCUCUCUCUCUCGUUUUUAGAAAGGUUUGAAUAUUGUAAUAUUUUAAACUUUGCAUUGCAUUUGUAAGUGCAGCACAGAGCCUGUAAAUUUUUUAUGAAUAACCUCAUAAUCUGCAGACGAAUAACGUGUCAGUCUCUGCUAAGCCAUGGUUUGCAGCGCUGCGUUUUACAGUACCCUUAAGCCAUAGAAUAAACGGCUACGUAAAUGCACAAUAUUUGCCUGUGAAAUGCACGAUUACGGGAGUAUUUUAAUAGGUGAUUCCAUUUCAGUGUCUUUUUUUUGUUUGUUUUCUAGUUUUAACUUCGGUUUGCUCCUUCGUGUAUUGGAAAUAAGGCUCGCGUUGCUUAGCAGCUUGAUCCAUUCCAGGUUUUACUAGCCCAGACACACCUGUGGCUGUUACUUUUACACAGUGGCUGAUCAGGUCCCUGUUAAAACCUGGAAUGGGUGGCGGUGUUAAUGCAAUAGGAGCCAUAUUUCCAUCCCUGUACUUAACUCUCGUUCAAAAAAACACUUAUCCAGCUAAUGAGGAGUUUCAUUAGUUUGAGCAGGCAAAUGUUAUUGAAACAUUGCAGGGUUGCCAGACCUGUUUGGCAUACCCAUUGCAUUUUAAGUAGGAAGGAUCUGUUUUUUUUUGUUUUGUUUUUAAAUACAGGGAGAAGUACAUGAGUAGGAUAAACAGCAAACGUCGCGGGUCUGCUCGGACGCUGCAGCAAAAGAACACAGGUUUCAAGCAAGUGGUGGUUUUAGUGGGAGAAGCUUGUGUCUGGUGAAGGGAAAGAGGGGACGCGAUUUGAAGUGUAGGAAACCGUAGGUGGUCUUGAUAAAGUUAACCCGGGACACGACAUCAAGUUUAGCACAGUGAGCAGAACAAGAGGGCAGGUGUGGAAGUAAAGAUUAGAAGUUGAGCUGAGGAGGCGGUGGGCAGGAAGUGGCAGCGGAGAGCGGAGAUGGGCAUGAGAAUCAAGCUGCAGGGGGCGGAGCACCCCACCAACCUGCUGAAGGAGCUCAACCAGUGCCGCCUGUCGGAGUCCAUGUGUGACGUGCUCCUGCUCGUGGGCAACCGGACCUUCGCCGCCCACAAGGCCGUGCUGGCGUGCGCCGCGGGCUACUUCCAGAACCUGUUCACCUCCGCUGGCUCGGACAGCGCCCGCACCUACGCGGUGGACUUCGUCGCGCCCGCCAACUUCGAGAAGAUCCUCAACUUCAUCUACACAGCAGAGCUCUUCACUGACCUCAUAAACGUGGGGGUCAUAUACGACGUGGCUGAGCGACUGGGGGUCAGAGAGCUCAUUAAGGCCUGCCACGUCACCUUCCCCGACCUGGAUGCCGCGGCCUCUAGCAAGCACCCUGCGGACGCCACACGGCCGUCCUGCAAUCGUUCGCCGCCGCCCUGCUGCGGAGACCCCAGCCAGGCUGGUGAUGGGGAGGAUGGCAGGAACGGGAAUAGCACACCCGCUGUGGCUGGGGCUACUGCCUUGCUGCCUCCUUUAGCUUCUGCUGCGGCUCAGGCUGAAGAGACAAGGAACCAGCCAGUGGAAAAGCCUAGCUCCAACGUGAUGCCAUUGGUAACCACCAAAGCAGAGGAUCAGGAUGCCUUCAUGGAGUACAGCCAAGCGGCCAAUUCUGUGGGGUCGCAACAGCAGAAGCAGCAAUCUCCCUCUGCCUUAUCUGUAAACCUGGUGGACAAGCAGCAGCUGCUGCAGCAGAAAACUGCCACCGCAAACCACAACCCGAAAGUACCUCCGUCCCACACCCUCAGCCCCGCUCCACAGCCUUUCAAGACGGAAGAGGAGAGCCAAAACGAGCUGGGCUUCUUCACGCCCGAGACCUACGUCGCCGAUGAUGCCACUUCAAACAGCAACACCUGCCUGAGCGGGGAGAACUGCAAGGAACGGCUGUGCGCCGGUAACCAGCAAACGGACGGUGUCCACUUUGAAAGCUGUUAUGAGGAUGGGGACCUCUACUUUGACGAUGGCGUGGAGGAUCAGAUGGGCCCCCCCGGGGAGGUGAUAGAGCUGAGUGACGACGACGACAGCGAGGAUUUGGUCUACAUUGAGAACGGAGGCCCCGGGGUCCACCAGGGCAAGACCACGCCCUGCAAGGUGUGCGGAAUGGUUCUGGAGCCCAACAUCAACGUGAUCCGAGACCACGGGGAGACGCACCUGGAUGAGUCCGGCGCCUGCAGGGUUUGCAACGCCAAGUUCCCUGACCGCGGCUCGCGGCUGACCCACGUGCUCUCCCACAUCGGGAUCCUGCUGUUCUCCUGCGACAUGUGCCAGGAGAAGUUCUGCACCCAGUGGCAGCUGGCCGUGCACCGCAGGAGCAACUCCGCCGAGACCAACAUCAUCGUCCAGCCCAGCGCCUCCAUCUCCGGGGACCUGAUCGCGGCCACCGGCGGGCCAGUCAAGGAAAUCCAGUGCGGAGCCUGUGCCAAAGCCGUGAGCAAGGACUUUCAGGUGGUCCGAGAGCACAUCCUGGAGCACCUGAAUGUGAAGACGCUGAGCUGCCACGUCUGCGAGCGCCCCCAGCAGUCCCUCUGCGGCCUCAUGUGGCACUGCCUGAGCCACGUGGGGCUGUCCGUCUUCUCCUGCGACGUCUGCGCCUGCAGCUUCGUGGACAAGGACCUCCUGGAGAAGCACCUGGCACUCCACAGGGGGCGGGAGGAAGGCCGGCCCCUGCUCAAGUGCUUCCUCUGCCCGCAAGGCUUCCUGUCCCACUCGGCUUACCAGUACCACCUCAGCUUGCACAGCAAGGAGCUGGGCCCGGACGGCUACCAAAAAAUGGCGGAGCUCAACCUGUUGCAGAAUCGGAAGAGGAAAGCGGACCAGCUCCUGGACUCUUCUUCGUGUUCCUCCUCCCCGCUGGAGAGCUCCGUGGCUUCCCACGUCCUCCCUCUGCAGGACAGCCUAGGGGCGGGGGCCAUGAGGACCAAGUGGUACCGCUGCAAGUUUUGCGGCAAGCGCUUCGCCCAUUCAGGGGAAUUCACCUACCACCUGCGGAUUCACACUGGGGAGAAACCUUUCCAGUGCAAGAUCUGCUCGAGGUUCUUCCGGGGGAGGUCGACCAUGAUCUGUCACCUCAAGACCCACUCGGGGGCCCUCAUGUACCGCUGUACGGUCUGCGGACACUACUUCUCCACCCUCAAACUGGUGACCACCCACAUGGAGCUGCACAAGGACGUCCUCCCCCUCGAUUUCAACAUUGAGCAGACCUUCAUGUACAACGACCACACGAAAGAGCCCCUGCCUUGUCCGGACAGUUCAUUUUAGCGCUGUCUAGAGGGGUGUGCUGAUCCUCUUGACUCAGAGUUGCCUUUAAGAAGGGUUUUAUCAGCAGGUAUUAAAUAAAUCCGUUCGGCAACGUGUUCAAAAUGAGAAAAGGUGUCCUUCUCUCACCUUUACAAUCGAGUACCAGUCGGUGGCGAUUACUGUCCGCGUUGAGCGUUUUAAAAGCCUGUUGGAAGCGAGUUUUCCUCUGAUCCGUAGUGCUGACAUCUUUACUGCCGUACUGAAGCCGAGAACGUGUCACUGCAGUACAAACGCCAGCGCCCUGGAUGAAAGGAAAAUGCACUUCCAGUCGGAGUAUCAGCACACUCCUAGUUAUUUUUUUGUGGUUUUUAAAAAAAUGUUUGCUCUUCUGGGUAAUGUUUUAUUUUAAGUGCUGUUAAUUAGUUUAGGAGUUAUUCAGCGUACUACAAGAUUGUUAUAAAGUCUUUUAGGUGCUAGACCGCAGCCCAGUAAAGGGGUAGCAGUACUAUUGGGCUUGGAGCAGGGAAGAUUAAAAGGUAGCUCUCCACGUUGAAUCAGUUUUGGUCCGGCGCUGUUUACUGUAUUAACCCAUUAAGUUGAAUUGAGCCCAACCCUGUCUCGGUGAAGCAAAUAACAUGGACAUUUUUACCUCCCUGGUUUCAGUUUUUUAGACUGUGACAAAUGCCUUGUAUCCUCAAGAAUUGCUGUUUAUCAAAGAUAUCCAGCUUGUAUUCAACCACAGAGUAAUUACAAAAUGAAAGCAGCUAGGUGUGAUUGAAAGUAUUCAUAUUAUUAAUAAUAAUAAUAAUAAUAAUAAUAAUAAUAAUACUAAUGUAACAGAAUUAAAGAAGGGUUAUAAGAAGUCUCUCUCUAGUUUUAUUCAAACUUUGUGUCUUUUUGAAGUUUGAAGGGUAUUUUCCUGCCCUUUUAAUUAGAAAAAUAUUCACAUUAUUUUUGGCAUUUCAGUUGGUUUUGUUAUUGUUAGUUUGAAUAUUUU